CUCUGCUCCAACUCAGAUGCGUGCACGCAUCAUCAUACUCCUUCUGCAGGCGGCCCUCCUGCACUUUGUCUCCGCCGAGACACAAGCCCCGUUCCGCAUCGGAGCACUCGAGCAGAACCGGUGGAGGCUGGACCACGUGCCCCACCUCAACGACACAUCCAAUUUCAUCUUCGAGACGGUCAAUUCUCUACUGCAGCAUUGGCCGAACACGCGCUAUCGCAAUGGCCACACGAUAGUGCCUGGAACCAUUCCCGUCGGGACGCUUCUAUACCACGGCCGGCGCUUUCCAGACGUGCCCAAAUAUCCAGACUGGACAUCGCUCGACCCCGAACACUCUUACCAUUUCUGCGGCAGCGACUUUCCGCAGCCCAGAAACUGGGAGGGCCAGGAAUACCGUGAAGCUCAGACCGGCGCGGCAAACAUGAUCACGGGCACCCUGGACUCGCAGGAUCUACUCAUCUGGGGUGACGCGGACCCCAAACGGUGGUUGGAUGAGGGACAGAGGAUCUCUGGGCUUUGUAAAUGGGGCAAGGAAUUCGGCAUCGACGGAUUUGUCAGAAUGGAGAUGGAUUUCGAAGUCAUGGUCUGCGAUUUCGAAAACGGCCUGAAGCUCGAUUCAGCUGAUUUCCUUGCUUCGUGGUACCCACGCUGGGAGCCUCCGAUUUCCUCUGCGCACAGGUCCGACGUGAUCGAGUCUCGCAUCCAUGAUGAUGCAGACCCCCUCAUCGUGCGGCAGAUCCUCGGCGCAGAAGUCCUGCGCGCUGGAAUGUGGCACAACCGAUACCCAGGCGACAUCCGCAUCCAGCUCGAUCUGUCUCGCGCCGUGUCGUUCUACGACAUCGACCUCGUCCCCUCCUUGGUCGCGCACAGACUCGCAUCGCAAGACAGAUUCGAGCACCGGCUGAUCAACAUCUCCGCCGCCGAUCUACACGCCGUAAACCUCCGACUCCGGUCGGUGCUAGCAGAGCCACCAGCUCCAAGCGCGAGCGGCGUCGACUGGAAGGCCCUGUUCCAUGUCCCUGUCGCACGGUACUCCGAUCGGCUUGAGCUGGUGUCGCAUCUGCUGCAGAGCAGGGCCGAGGAGGCUCUCAUACAUGUCCAGCUGCGCGUGAUGCUCACACCGUACAUCCUGCACUCGGCUGUUCCCGACGGCGCGCACGACGGCGACGCAUGGGCGGUCCCGAUUUGGAAGAAAUGCGCCACCCGCCACAGCGAUCCGAUCCGUCAGCGGGAGGAUAGCCUCACACCUUCUGAGAGGACGCUCCUCGCGGCGCUCGAGGGCGUCAACCGCGAGAUUUGCCGCGUUGUCGUCGGGAUGUGGGCUCUCGGUGUCCACGCUGGACUCGAUCCAUUGAUUCCUGGCGACCCUGGCGCGGAUUCCGUAAAUCUGGUGGACUCCUGGCGCGCGUCUUUGCAGAAUCUCAUGUCCUGGCUCGACUGGAGCGUGUGGAUCAAAUGCCGGCCCGCGUGUGGCGCAGAGGAGCUGUGCUACUUGUCGACUUGGCCGUACUUCUGGAGCGGCUUGGAAGAGGGAUCCAAACCGCCGCCGCCCGAUGCGCCAUAUCUUCGCCCCAACCGAAGUGCAUCCGGGUCGUGCAGCCCUACUCUUCAUUUUCUUGAACCCUCAUCAUCUCCAGCGUAGACGAUCCAGUGCCCGUAUCACAUACAUGCAUAGAACAUCACUAGAUAGAUGCGCCCAGUCUCCUCCCGUGACAUUUUGUCCCCUUGAUCCGUUACGCGUCCAUUCGGCCUGUCUCAGCGGACAGCAUGCACGGACAGUGCUUGUCAUCCAAGUACGACUUUAGCAGAUUGAGA